AUGACUGAACGCAAAGUCCUGGCUGAGGCCAAGGGCGGCAAAGGCGCCGCCCUGAGGGCGGGGGAGGGGGCGGGUCGCGUGCGACGCCCCUCGCGGCGUCGUUCCAGUGCAGGCACAACCCCUAGGAGCCACACCACUCUGCGCAAGACUGGGGCCUUGGAUUUCAGAGGGCGCCGAGGGAGAAAAGAGCAGCCCCGCCCCGCUGCACAAGGAGGCACGCGGCAGGCGGAACACAACUUAAAGGUUCCCAGCAGCGAGGACCCCGAAUCCUCGCAAAUCAGUACCUCCGAGUCGUGGAGCCAUAAAGUGAUUGCGAACUACUCCGAGUUUUUCGCAGCCUCGGUGGGCAAUGUGGACUGGCUUCGGUUCUGUGUGAAUCCGGAGCGCAAGGAGAUCACAGUCGAUGACAAGGGCUUCACAGCCAUCCACUUCGCAGCCCAGAAAUGCCAGCUUUCCUGUCUUAAGGUCUUGAUAGAGGAUUACAAAUAUCCUGUGGAUCUGCCCACCAACAAAGGCCUGACGCCCCUGCACCUAGUCAUCCAUAAAAACAACAAAUCGGACAUCCUUCCCUGCAUUGACUACCUACUCAAGAAAGGGGCAGCCAUCAACUCGCAGACAUACAACGGCUCCACACCCCUGCACCUGGCCUCCUGCAAUGGCCUGCUGGGAUGUGUCAAGCUGCUGGUGCAGAGUGGAGCCAAUGUGCAUGCCCAAGAUGCCACGGGCUUCAAGCCCAUUGACUACUGCAGACUAUGGAACCACCGUACCUGUGCCCGGUUCUUGAAGGAUGCCAUGUGGAAACACGAUAAGAAGGUCUUUGCCCGAGAGAUGGAGAAACUGAAGACCCUGAAGGAGAAGCUGGCCAUUUUGGAGUAUCGCUACCUGACUGAAUAUCAAGUAAGGGGGAGUUCUCCCCCAGGGCUGGGUUCUGCUGCCACACUGGGGUCUUCUUGCCAUGGUGUGUGGGGCAGCUGGGACACUCCCUUCUCAGAAGGAACCCCUACUUCCCCACCAAAUCCUCCCUUAAAAACCAUCCCUUUAGGCCAAAGGUCUUGUCCUGUGCCAGAAGGCAAAUGCAGCCUAAAUUAUAGGGUAUUCAGAGUGAUCUCAAGUGGAACUGGACACUUCCUAACAUUGGGGUGCCUACUCAUUAAAAGAAAACUCCUAACAGACGCCCUAACUUCACUGUACACUAGGCUCCUGCUAGGUCCCAAAGGCCAGCAAAGUGUGGUUCUCCACUCAAGGAACUUGAGUGCUAGGGAGAGACAGAAUCACUAUGAGGAAUACAUGGGGGCACUCAGGACCACUGUGGAGACAGAAAACAGCCAAUUUGGGGAUCAGAAAGAACAACAAAUUCUGAGAGAGGCUCAUUUCAGAAAGUGGCUCCAAAGCAAGGUGCUCGCCCGGACCCUGGGCUCUGCCGACUCCAAGCAAAAGGCUGGUGUCCAACCUUGGUCAUUAGCCUCUAAGACUUUAGGAUGCCAGAAUACCGAACGCUUCCAGUAUCCAUCCGUGGAAGCUCAGCUGAAAAGCUUGCCCUCACCCGUGGUGCCACCCAAGCCCAUCUACAAACAGACCACCAUCAGUCGGCCCAAGAUAUGGAAUUACAGUGCUAACCCUGCCAGGUCCCCGACCACAGAUAUUGGCUACCCACAGGGUAUACGCCUGGGUGUGCACCCAGAACCCUAUAAGAAACAUGACUUCUGCAGAUUCCUGGAGAUGACGCGAAAUAAACUUGGGGGUGCAUGUCUGCGAACAGUGGACCGUCAGUUGGUGACACCUGUACCCCAGCUACCUUUUGAGGUGAUGGUACGGGUGCUGUACCCAGGGACUCAACCCUACAGGAUGAAAGUGCCCCAGGGCUUGUAUCCACGUGACAUACUCCAAGUGCCUAAGAAACGACAUUUGGGAGACACUUGUACCAACAUAAUGGCCAUGACCCUACGUAAGACAUUUGAUAAACCCUUCAUCGCUUCCCUGGAAGCUUGCCAGACUCAAGUGGCCCCACCCUCCAAGAUUCUUUGCCCAUGCUCCUUGCUCAUGGCCCCAUUGGAGUAUGAGAAGCUGCAGUUCCAGGAGGCUGGCCAGCACUUCUGCCAAGAGAGGAAGACCUGUGGCUUUGAUGUGAAACCUGUCCAGGAGAAGCUCUCCUUCCAGGAGAAGCUAUCCUGGACCCAGAUGUGCCCUGGCCACACACUACAGCUCACUCUUUAA